AUGCAUGUGGUGUGGACUCAGGGCGCCUCAUUCUCAGUCAAGGAGGAGGAUUGUGUGGAUGCAACAGGUCUGGAGGUCCCUGACAGAGCUCUCACAUGGCUCAAUAGCGUUUUUUGUUCAGGAGAGGGCAGCACACUCUGCUUCCCCGGGAGUGCGGGUGAGAGUCGAGUCUUCCAUCAGCGGGCUAAUGGGAGUCAGAUCCACGACUCCGUGAAGCUGAUCAAGUUCGCGGACGACACCACCCUCAUUGGACUCAUCUCCAACAACGAUGAGUCCGCCUACAGGAGGGAGGUGGACCGGCUGGUGUCCUGGUGCAGUGGUAACAACCUGGAGCUGAACGCCCAGAAGACAGUGGAGAUGAUUGUGGACUUCAGGAAGAGCACUGUCCCCCCACCCCCACCCUCCGUGAUGGACUCCCCCAUCACCUCUGUGGAGUCCUUCCGUUUCCUGGGCACCACCAUCACCCAGGACCUCAAGUGGGAGCCGGCCAUCAGCUCCCUCAUCAAGAAGGCCCAGCAGAGGAUGUACUUCCUGCGGCAGCUCAGGAAAGCCAAGCUGCCUGCACAGAUGUUGGUGCAGUUCUACACGGCCAUCAUCGAGUCCAUCCUCACCUCCUCCAUCACCGUGUGGUUCGCUGGAGCCACAGUCAGGGACAAACAGAGACUACAGCGCAUUGUGCGCUCUGCAGAGGAAGUGAUCGGCCGCAGCCUUCCAUCGCUGCAGGACCUGGACAGUGCACACAUCCUCUCGGCUUUUUCCAUGUGGUUCCGUCCGGUUGGAGCUGGCUCGCACUUGACCGUGUCCCGGCUAAGGGCACUGCUUUACCGCGGUGGAAAAUCUGUGACCGAAACGGGAGCGUGUUACGUCUGGGAAGUGCAUGUCUCAUGCAGGGGGUACGAAAGGAUGUGGCAGUGGUUGGUGUAG